AGGACAAGUAGCUGGGAUGGCAGUGGGGUGACUCGUGCCCCACCAAUCCCUGAAAGAAGAUUAGCAUACUGUUGUGUAUAUAAGCCGAGCUGCAAAGCCGCUCAGCGCGGUAACACUUAAAGCUGUAACACUUGGAGCUGUAACACUUGGAGCUGUAACACUUAGGGCUGGCUGCCGCCGCCUCCCUGUAUCAACAUAGAAGGUGUCCUGCAGUAAAGGCUGUUGAGAAGAAUCCAACCGUGUUGCGUCUUCCUUGCCGGACGAGGUGGGCACGACAAAGUGGUGGCCUGUACGGGGACGAGGACAUCCUCGUGGAUCUCAGAACUCUUCAGCUUCAGGACGAGCGUCGUCGGAAAAGUUCCCGGUAAGGGACGAUAAGUUCUCUGGAGGUGAGCAGAGACAAUGGAAGCCUUGGUUUAGAGGCUAAAAGGUCUGCAGUCUGCAGCAAUGUUGUUUCCAAUGGAUCCUUUGUGGAAUCAAGAAAAUCCAAUUUGGGUACCUGAGUGCUUGACUCGAAAAUUGCCUUCUGCUCUUCCUGAAGAUGAGACUACGAACCCUGCUAUUGCUACUGGGAAUGAUAAUACAGGUUAAUUCGAUCACCCUGUGGGCUAUUGCCAGAUCCUGGCCAGUACCCAUGCCAGUUCAUAGCAAUUGUUUUGCCAACCUUUUUCUCUACCUCCUGUUUGCGUGAUGUUCCUUGUAUAGUGCCAACUGGAGAAAUGCCCCAACGGUAUGCCGCCACUAACGUUUCUCUGUUGCAUACCUUAUGUUUUAACAUUAAAGACUCUUCCCUGCCCUGUAUUUGGUUACGUAGAGCCACAUUAGCUAAUUGGUUGAAUCCUAUAAGUGACAGUGCAAUGAGCACCGGGAUCAUCCUGACUGCUUUGAGUCAAAUUGCCCAGGGAGUCUCUUCACCCAGCGAGGACACGUCAGUCGAUAGUUCUGCUGAUCUGAACAUUACAACACUAAUUGUGAUGCAUAAUUGUAGUGUUCCAUCACGCCCAGGGCAAGGUAACUAUGCACAGAAUAGCUCUACCCGUCGUAGAGUCUUACCCGCUCGCCCCCCGCAUCAAGAGUUUCCACCUAAUUUUACCCCAUGUCAGAGUCCAUUCCAUAGAACAAAACAAUUCCUACCGGGAUUUGAAUUUUCCCCUCCUCUUGACCAUGUACAGUAUGAUUGGGGGGAGAAUAAGACUGGCAAGCAUAAUCUCUGGCCUUGGUUUCAAUGGGUGCUGUCCAAUGAGCAAGGGACAUAUACAUCCCUGACCCCCUUUGCUAGGUUGAUGGGUGAGAACUUCACGCUGUAUAAUGUUUCAGCUACCAGAAAAAAAUGAUACCAGGUUGACCAAUAUUCAAUAUAAUAACCUCUUGGAACAUAAUACUGCCACUAGUACUUCAGUAUGUGUUAGAUCACCUUUUUUCUUUCUGAUAAGCACUAAUGUCAGCAAUGGUGUUUUAAAUUGUAAUAACUCUGAUGUAGUCUGCUAUUUAGCUGAAUGCUGGGAUGGCAACAAUGACACCGCAGUGAUGGUCAAGAUUCCCUCCUUUGUGCCAAUCCCAGUAGAGGCAAACCCAGAUAGUUCCCCUAUUCUUAAUUUGCUGAGAACCAAAAGAGAUUUUGGAAUUAUGGCAGCCAUAAUUUCAGCCAUCGUGCUGUCUGCUGCCGCAGCUACCACAGCUGCAAUCGCUAUGACCAAUCAAAUACAAACGGCUGAGACUGUCAAUCAGAUUGUAGAAAGAACUGCAAUGGCGCUAGAGAUACAAGAAGAAUUUAAUACUCAUUUGGCAUCUGGCCUUCUAUUAGCCAAUCAAAGGAUAGAUUUAGUUCAAGAACAAAUUGAAGCACUGUAUCAUAUGACACAGCUGUCUUGCGUUUCCUCCCUAAGAGGUUUAUGCAUUACUCCUUUGCAAGCCAACUUUUCUCAGCAUUCUCAACAGAGCAAAGAAAUCUCAAAUUAUCUGAAAGGAAACUGGUCCAUGAAAACAGAGCAACUAUCCAGACAAUUGCUGAUGCAGAUUGCUGUCCUCAACAGCACUAGGCUGGACCCCAUCACAAUUGAAGACUUUACCUCAUGGGUUACCAAUGCUUUCUCCUUUUUUAAGGAGUGGGCGGACAUGUUUGCCUGGGGAGAUAUUGUCCUCCUGGGAUGCGGAGUAUGUCUCUGACUUACUGGCCAUUUAAAAAGGGAACAUGCCAGACACAAAGCGGUUGUUUACCAGGCUAUGACCACCAUUGACAAUGGUGCUUCUCCCAAUAUAUAGCUGGCCUCUUUGAAAGAUUAAGAGUUCGCCCUAGAUCAUUUUUGUCACAGUCAUGUGGGGUCAUUGUAUCCAGGGACGGGCAACUUUCCUCGAGCUCGGACCAACCUAAGACACGGGGCCUGGUGGCGAUAGGGUGACCCAACGACGGGUAAGGCCGAGUCAUCGUCAGGAAUGACCUAAGACAGGAGUAAUGACAAGAUUGACGUGACACCCAGAUCUAGACCAGUCAUUUUAUUGAACAAAAAAGGGGGAGAUGUAGGGAGCGGCGCGGCAGCUGUAUGAUAAUGAGGUGAAUCUGGCGCCCUCCUAACAACAGUACUGAGCAUGUAUGGGGUUUUGCACCUGACGUCACUCUGGCUGGGGCGGUACUAUGCUAAAUGGGAGUUCAUGCUGCGCC